UCAAAUGCGGGGCUGUGAUUAGUUAGGUAUUUGCAAUUCAGGUGAAAUGUCGUCCUCAAUCCCCAUUCGAAUUUUCACGUUAGUUCUUUUAAUUGGGCUUAGUGUUGAUCUUGCCAAGGCUCUACAGUGCUACAAGUGCAACUCAACGAGUACACCGGACUGUGCUAUAAAUCCCAGUGACCAAUUGGAAACCGUGGAAUGUCCUGCAGAAGAUGGAGAAUGUGCUAUGGCUGUCUUGGAUGACAUGGCUACCUACCGGGGCUGUUUGUCUGAUAUUGUAAUUCCGGAGAACUGCAGAACUUGCCAAAAUGCAACCUGCACGGACGAUUUAUGCAACGGCGGAAUAUAUCCAGAGUCACGACCUAAGUGCUACAAAUGCGAACGACAAGAAUGUGUCAAUGUCUCAGGACCUGCGGAACCUUGCUUGAACUACGACACCGAUGAUUUGUGUUAUGUAGACGUUAUCGAUGAAACCGACGUCAUUCGUGGAUGUGUCUCAGAUGAUGACUAUAAUGCUGGAGUUUAUACAGAUUUCUGUCGUGGUGACGGAUGCAACAAUAUUGCAGCUGCUAGUCCCUUCUCUUGUAUAUCCUGUGAUUCCGAUAACGAUGAGAAUUGCAAGCACGGAGAUACAUCCGCGUGGGUUUGCCGAGUGAAUGUUACGGACGUUUGCACUGUUAAUGUCCUUCAUGGUCGCAGCGAAAGCUGUUUUACUUACCAUAAUGGAGAAAAGGUAGUACGUGGAUGCUCCCGACUGAGUCCUGAUCUAGUUAUGCAGUCACAAUAUAUUUCCGUGUGCCGUACUUCAGACUGUAAUGACGACUGUAUCAUUACUCCUACCUGUUAUGUGUGUGACUCUAAUCAAGACCAGAAUUGCUUGAUGGAUCAAGGUUCCUUAACGCCACAGGAUUGCCCGCAAGAAACAUUAUCCUGUUAUACGUGCAAGCAUGAGGACCAAUCAAUAACGCGUGGAUGCGGAGGAAAUGGGACAUUUUCUGGCAACACAACGUGUCUUUCUUGCUGGGACGAAAACGGAUGCAACUCGAAUCUGAUUCAGACAUGCUAUCAUUGCAACUCGGGGACAGAUAACAACUGUGCUACUUGGCAAAAUACAAGCGCGCUCGACAUCGCGGUUUGCACAGGCAAAUGCGUAGUGAAAGUCAACGAUCUAAGUUUCACGGUACGGGGGUGCCAAACCGGGAGCCUCAGAUGCGCUCCUGGGGAUUCGCUGUGUAAAGAGUGCGAUGGUGAUAACUGCAAUGGUGGUGUGUUUCCAGAAGAACGUCAACUCUGCUACCAAUGCGAUUCAUCAAAUGAAAAUUGCGAUUCCGAUCAGAGUAACAGUCCACCACCUGCCUGUUCCCAAUAUAUGAGCUCAGAUGGCUGCUUCCAAUACCUUGAUACAAAAGGACACAUGGUUCGAGGCUGUACUUCUGACUCCAGCUACUAUGGUUGUAAAGAUUUUGGACAGGAUACGUGCGAGGUGUGCAAUGAAAAUGCAUGCAAUUCUAAGAGUCUCGCGAAGGUAGAAUACUUGCAGUGUCACUUUUGCAACAGCAAUGUCGACCAAAGCUGUGGUUGGGCACAAACGAAAACGGAAAGCUGCAUGCCUAAAACUGGAAAUAGUACGUUUGCAGCAUGCUUCUCUUAUCAGCUUCCCAACAAGACCAUCAUUCGUGGUUGCAUGUCAGAUGAAGACGCCUGCGAUCCCACUGACCUCACAUGUGAACUAUGCUCAAAGGAUGGUUGCAACGGCCAAAAUAUCAUCUAUCAAGAGUGCAUUCAGUGUAGUGGAAAAAUCGGAGAGGGGAUGUGUGCUCAAAAUGCAGCACAACUUGAGGCGAGCCAAUGCUCAGAGGCAGUACAGUAUUACCAGGAUCGUGGUUGCUAUGCUAAACGCGUUAACGAUGUCGUGAUGAGAGGAUGCCUCAGUGAAUUGAAUACUGAUGCACAACUACUAUGUGAUCGGGAUGAAUACUGCAAAAUAUGCCGGGACCAAGGAUGCAAUUUUCAAAAUCUUGUAAAUUCGGCAAAACGGUUAACUGCACUUACUGCCCUUCCAAUUAUAGCCUUGAUUAUCUCGAACAAUUUAGUCUAUAAUUCAGUAACCAGAGGAUGCGUUAAUGGAACAUCUGUGCAAGAUGUCUGCCAGUCAUGCCCUAGUCCGAAUGGGUGCAACUCGAAAGAAGUCCAAUCUUGCUACAAAUGUAACUCAGAUGAUGACGAGAACUGUGCAACAUGGCACCAUGACGAAAUGCUGGAGUUUGAGAUUUGUCCCGAAUCCUGUCUUACCAAAGUGACUGAAUAUGGGAAAACCAUUCGUGCCUGUAAGAGCGACAGCUUGAAAUGCGAAGUUGAUGACCAGUUCUGUACCCCAUGCUAUGGCCUCGCUUGCAACGAAGGUAUAUAUCCAGAGGAUCGACUGCAAUGCUACCAAUGUAAUGAAACUGACGAUUCAUGCGACGAAGCCCAACGCGGAAAAACUUACGCAUGUCCUGUUUAUGACCCAGACGAUAAGUGCUACCAGUUUAUAAACGAAAAAGGGAAGAUUGUGAGAGGAUGCAAAUCCGACCAGAAUUAUCAAGAAUGUCUGAAGAAGGGACCUCAAUGUCUAGUGUGCAGUGGAUCGGGAUGCAAUAGUUAUGCAAAGGAAAAGGCAAACACGUUACCAUGCAUGCAGUGUGAUGACAGCGAAGAAUGUCCUUGGGCUCAAUUAACAUCUAAAAGUUGUGCAUCCUAUAUUCCGUUCUUUGCAACACCCUCGUGUUUCACCCACCUAGGCCAGAACAACUUUGUGAUUAGAGGUUGCACAGGAGAUCCUGACGAAUGCGAUCCGACUUCAGAUAAAAACUGUGAUGUUUGUACUUAUCCAAGUUGCAACAAAGGAAAUGCGAUUUACCAGAAUUGCGUGCAGUGCACUGCGGAAAUUGGGGGUGGUCCUUGUGCGGAAUCCGCUCAGGGUAUUGACACCACUCGCUGCGCAAAUGAUAUCCAAUUUUAUGACAAACGUGGCUGCUAUGUUAUGCGUGAUGGAAAAACAAUUAAAAGAGGAUGUGUCAACGCUUUGGAUGAAGUUUCAUUGAAUAAAUGCAAGAAAAGCGAUGAGCCUUGUGAAAUUUGCUUGACACAAGGAUGUAACUAUCAAGAAGUCCCAAGUUCUGCCAAACGUUUUUUGAUUAGCCUGCCUGUUUUAGUAGGUGUGAUAGUGAAAUAUUUAAUUUAAGGUUCUUAGUAAAUCAACAGCUUUAUUUUGACUCAUAUUGUUUUAAAAAAUAAACGA